GCUCUGGAAAACUCUAUGGUAGAAAGGGACUGGAGCCAUUUCCGCUUCCGGGAGGGCACGGAAAUCCUUGUCAGGCUCGCCGGGAAGAUGUCUCCCACCGUGGCAUCCGCGGCAGCAUCGGGAUCGGCGGCGGAGUUGCUUUUACAAAGGCUCGAGGCAGCGGCGGCCCGCGGUGAGGGCGGGAUCUGCAGCCUGGAGGCGGCCGCAGCCCUCGGCUUGGAUCACCAAGUGCUGGUCGGAGCGGUGAAGAGCCUACAGGCCCUGGGAGAGGUGAUUGAUGCAGAGCAGCGCACAUCCAAGAAAUGGGAGUUGACAUCUGAGGGCAAAGAGAUUGUGGAGGAAGGGAGCCAUGAAGUCCGGGUGUUUAACAGCAUACCCUCUGAGGGUCUGGUCCAGAGUGAUCUAAUGAAGCUGCCAAGUGGAAAAGUGGGCUUCAGCAAAGCAAUGUCGAAUAAGUGGAUCCGGGUGGACAAGAGCUCAGAAGAUGGACCCCGGAUCUUCCGGGUGGUAGAGUCUGUACAGGAUUACGUGAGAGAGAAACUGCUCCUGGUGCAGCAGGGAGAGGCUGACAACAUAGAAGAAAGGGACAAGAAUGAACUGAAGAAGCGGAAGCUCUUGGCAGAAGUGACCAUUAAGACAUACUGGAUUAAAAAAGGAAGUGCUUUUAGUACAACUAUUGCCAAGCAGGAAACAGACCUCACCCCAGAGAUGAUUGCAAGUGGCUCUUGGAGAAACUUGAAUUUCAAGACUUAUAACUUUGAGGCACUGGGCAUUAUGCCUGAAAGCGGUCACCUCCACCCGCUGCUCAAGGUCCGCAGCCAGUUCCGACAAAUCUUCCUUGAAAUGGGUUUUACAGAAAUGCCCACCAAUAACUUCAUUGAGAGCUCCUUCUGGAAUUUUGAUGCCCUGUUCCAACCACAGCAGCAUCCUGCCCGGGACCAGCACGACACUUUCUUUCUAAAGGAUCCUGCUGAAGCCAUUGAGUUUCCCAUGGAUUAUCUGAAGAGAGUAAAGAGGGUUCAUUCUCAAGGAGGUUAUGGCUCUCAGGGGUACAAAUAUGACUGGAAGAUAGAGGAGGCUCGGAAGAAUCUGCUUAGGACACACACCACUGCGUCCAGUGCCCGCAUGCUGUAUCAGUUGGCACAGCAGGAAAAAUUCACUCCUGCCAAAUAUUUCUCCAUUGACCGUGUGUUCAGGAAUGAAACACUGGAUGCCACCCACCUGGCUGAGUUCCACCAGAUUGAAGGAGUGGUGGCUGAUUAUGGCUUGACAUUGGGAGACCUGAUGGGAGUUCUGAAGGAGUUUUUCAACAAACUGGGGAUCACCCAACUGCGCUUCAAGCCUGCUUACAAUCCUUACACGGAGCCCAGCAUGGAGGUGUUCAGCUACCACCAAGGAUUGAAAAAGUGGGUGGAAGUGGGCAACUCGGGGGUCUUCCGCCCUGAGAUGCUGCUGCCGAUGGGUCUGCCAGAUGGGGUGUCUGUCAUUGCUUGGGGACUGUCUCUGGAACGGCCCACCAUGAUCAAAUACGGCAUCAAUAAUAUCCGGGAAUUAGUUGGUCACAAAGUCAACCUACAGAUGGUAUAUGACAGCCCAAUCUGCCGCUUGGAUGCCUAGACUUCAGACUCUUACUUUUCUUCAGAUUUCCCUAUUUAUUAGCACUCUUCCUUGCUGGAACAUUGGAGCCACUUGCAGACCUGGUUGCUUUGGGGGAAAGUCAUUGACAAGCUGUCAUGGUCUUCUGUGUGGACCUUUAGCUACAUUGUCUGGAAGGAUCAAGGCUGAAUUGUCUCUCUUACUUUGUAGCCCAGGUUGUAUCCAUUAAAAGAUUCUUGACUGUCACAGUGCUCACAGUAAGACUGGA